GUUGAGAGCUCUGGAAUUCGAAGAAGGCACGAGGGCAAGUAAAAGAAUAAAAGGGGAUGUAGAAGGUAGCAGUCACACUGCCGGUUUAGUCUCUCACUGCCACUUGCUUCUGCUCUUCUUGCAGUGUGGGAGUGGCUGCGAUAGAGAGGAAGGGGGAGAGAGAGAGAGAGAGAGAUGGGGAGGGCUCCGUGUUGCUCGAAAGUUGGGCUUCACAGAGGACCAUGGACUGCUAGAGAAGAUGCACUGCUGACCAGAUACAUAAAGGUUCAUGGAGAAGGCAAUUGGAGACAUCUCCCCCUGAAAGCAGGGCUGUUGAGAUGUGGGAAGAGUUGCAGGCUGAGAUGGAUGAACUACCUGAGGCCAGACAUAAAGAGGGGAAACAUUGGUCCCGAUGAAGAGGAGCUCAUCCUUAAGCUGCACGCCCUUCUCGGCAACAGGUGGUCUCUCAUUGCCGGCAGGCUGCCAGGUCGCACAGACAAUGAAAUUAAGAACUACUGGAACACCCAUCUCAGCAAGAAACUCAGAAAUGAAGGGAUAGAUCCCGACACCCACAAACCCCGCAGCAACCUCACCCUUGCUCCUCGGCCUCCUCCUCCCCCACGGCAGAAACUCGGAAACUCUAAGGGGAAGAGCACAGCCAAUGUCACCAACUUUGUGAAGGUCUAUGCUCCUCGCGCCACUAGAGUCAGAUCAAGCGUCCUACCACCCUGGAAGCUUGUAAAAGCAAAAUUGAGCAGUGGUGAUCUUCAACGCAGAGGUGACGGCUGCUGCUCCUUCCCUCCUCCUCCUCCUCUCAUGGAGGGUGGUGGUGGCUGUGAGGACGCAGAGGAGCUAACUAAUGGGGUACGGCAUGAAUUACUUCCGUGGGAGUACUGCGGCGGCCAUGGCCCUCGCGUGGAUGAAGCCAUGGCCGACAUCUUUGGCGAGCUUGGGGAGGAGGGGAGCGCUGCGGCGGUGGUAGGUGAAGAAGGGCGGCAGCAGCAACACGUGCAACCAAAUGCCGCCACCUCCUUCGAAGAUGAAACUCUUCUCCUAGAUUCUUUCAUUCAAUCCCUCUUGGAUUCAAAUGAUGUGCUGAGUUUUAUGUAAAUUGGUGCCAUCGUUCCUUUUCCUUUCAAUUUCCGGUGUUUACGUAGAAGUACGGCAGUUGAUGGGACUCCAUGCGCUUCGUCUUCCUUAGCAACGGACUAAAAACCGGCCACCGGCAUUCUUGGACCUCAACACCUGUUGCAGACGCUGCUUUUAUGCGCGAGUUACUUGGAGCGCCAGAGCACCAGUAGCAGGAGGCGCCCGUAGCAAUUAAAAAAAGGCCGCAUCCAAUAAAGGCCAUAAACCAGUCCGCCGGCCAGGCUGUCGUUACUUCAAUCCCCGACUAUGUCAACUCUUCUUUCUCCAAUGAAAAGAUACUAAUGUGCAUCCCUCCCUUCUUUG